AUGCCUGUUCAUAGUCAGAGCUUUCUUCCUUUUUUUCCUUUUUUUUACCCCUCCUCCUUUUCACCCCUCCUCCUUUUCACCACCACGACCACAACCACCACCACCACCAGCAUCAUCAUCAUCACCACCACCAUCACUAGAGACAGAGAUCUGAAUCCUUCUCGUAUCUUUUCUUUCUCUGUCCACUCACCAUUUGUCCUUCCCUCUCUAAUGAACUUGUCAAGUGAGAUCUAUCUAUCUAUCUAUCUAUCUAUCUAUGUUCCUAUCUGUCUUUGUAACUAUUUCAGCCUGUUCCUAUCUCUCUCUCUCUCUCUCUCUAUCUAUCUAUCUAUCUAUGUUCCUAUCUGUCUUUGUAUCUAUCUCACUACCUCAAUAUGUUCAUAUCUAUCUAUCUAUCUAUCUAUCUAUCUAUCUAUCUAUCUAUGUUCCUAUCUGUCUUUGUAUCCUCUCAGCCUAUUCCUAUCUCUCUCUCUCUCUCUCUCUAUAUAUAUAUAUCUAUCUAGCUACCUCAAUCUGUUCAUUAUCUAUCUAUCUAUCUAUCUAUCUAUCUAUCUAUCUCAGUCCAUCCAUUAUCUAUCUUGUUCAUAUCUAUCUAUCUAUCUAUCUAUCUAUCUAUCUAUCUAUCUAUCUAUCUAUCUAACUACUGUUCAUAGACAGUUCAUAUCUGUUUGUUCUAUCUAUCUAUCAGAUCUAUCUAUUAAUCUCUUAUCUUAUCUAUCUGUCUGUCUAUCUAUUCAUCUAUCUAUCUAUCAUCUAUCAUCUUUAUCUAUCUAUUUGUUCUAUCUAUCUAUUCAGAUCUGUUCAUUAUUCAUCUAUCUAUCUAUCUAUCUAUCUAUCUAUCUAUCUCAGUUUGUUAAUAUCUAUCUAUCUAUCUAUCUAUCUAUCUAUCUAUCUACUCCUGUUUAUAUCUGUCUGUUCAUAUCUAUCUAUCUAUCUAUCUAUCUAUCUAUCUAUCUAUCUAUCUAUGCGAAAGUUAAUUCUAUCUAUCUAUCUGAGUCUGUUCAAAUCUAUCUAUCUAUCUAUCUAUCUUUCUAUCAUAGAUUUAUCUAUCUAUCUAUCUAUCUAUCUCAGUUUGUUAAUAUCUAUCUAUCUAUCUGCUAUCUAUCUAUCUAUCUACUGUUUAUAGACAGUUCAUAUUUAUUUGUUCACCAUCUACAGAUCUAUCUAUUAAUCUCAUCUAUAUCUUCUUAUCUAUCUAUCUAUCUAUCUAUGAAUAAAAAUGACAAUAGGAAAACUGAAAUUUUCAUAUCUAUCUAUCUAUCUAUCUAUCUAUCUAUCUAUCUAUCUAUCUAUCGCAGUCUAUUCAUAUCUAUCUAUCUAUCUAUCUAUCUAUCUAUCUAUCUAUCUGUGUCAGUCAGUUCGUAUCUAUCUGUGUUCGUAAUUGUCACUAUCUAUUCUAUCUAUCUAUUGUUGAAGUACCAAAAGUUUUCUAUCUACUAA